CACAUAAUCAAUUGAGAAGAAGAAUUAGGUUAAGUUAUUCCUUAACUUUUGGAAAAAUUUUAUAUCGUCAGUAAAAAAAUUCUUAUUGUAAUUUAUAAACAAUAACGAGACUAAAACAAUGUCAUAUUGUCAGAAAUUAGGUCCCAACAAUAAAGAUAUGGUAAUUUUUGCUACGAAAGAAGAUCAUCAAAUACCAAGUAAAGUCAAACUACCCGAAAUAAAACCUCAACCUGGUUUGGUAUUAGAAAACGGUGAUAUUAAUUGGAGUUGUCCUUGUUUAGGAGGAUUGGCAACUGGUCCUUGUGGCGUCGAAUUUAGGAACGCUUUUACAUGUUUUCACAGCGCAGAAGGAGAAGAACAAAGCAAGGAAUGCUACAGUCUUUUUAAAACGAUGCAGAACUGUAUGGAAAAAUAUCCAAAUUUAUAUCAUAAGAAUUUGGGAGGUGACAGAGACGAAUUAUCUAGUACAAACACAUUAUCCGUAACAGAUAGUGAAGUAGAAACUCCAAAAGGUGUUGAUAAAAAAGACAAUAUAGUAAAGAAAUAAUUAACAUACCCUUCCUAUGUAUGAAUGGAUUUUGAGUUUUGUUUGUUGAAAUUUGGAAUUAUAAUGCAUAUGAAAUUAAUUAUCCUAAUCAGUUGAAUUCAUAAAUUUAGUAGUUUUACUUUUUUAAUAAUUGGUUAGUUAACAUUGUCCUUUUUCAGAUGAUUAUUAUUAUUUGAAUAGGGAAUAUGUUGUUAGAGAUAAAAUGUAAUUUAAUAAGAACAAUAUAAAAAUUGCAAAAUUCUUGUGAUUAUUUUUCAAAUGUUCUUAAUUCCUAUUAGUUACUAUGUUUAUUCAAUGAACAAAGACAAAGAAUUUAUUUGUUCAUCAACUUAUUUAAUUAUAUAAGUCAAGCAUA